GUCGCAUCCAAUUCAACAAUUUUCCUCGGACUCGCAAAUUUGGAUUUCUACAAUAACUCAAACCUGCCACUUCACGACAUUUUUUUCUCUUCAACAACCAUCGUUGAACCGUCAAAAUGGCUAAAGGACCCAAGAAGCACCAGAAGCGCCUGAGCGCCCCCUCCCACUGGCUUCUCGACAAGCUUUCGGGUGUCUACGCCCCCAAGCCGUCUGCCGGUCCUCACAAGCUGCGCGACUGCAUGCCCCUCAUCAUCUUCAUUCGCAACCGUCUGAAGUAUGCCCUCAACUACCGCGAGACCAAGGCCAUCCUCAUGCAGCGCCUCGUCAAGGUUGACGGAAAGGUCCGAACCGACAUGACCUACCCCGCCGGCUUCAUGGAUGUCAUCACCCUCGAGAAGACUGGCGAGAACUUCCGCCUCAUCUACGACACCAAGGGCCGAUACACCGUCCACCGCAUUCAAGCUGAGGAGGCCGAGUACAAGCUCGGCAAGGUCAAGCGAGUGCAACUUGGCAAGGGCGGCAUCCCAUUCUUGGUCACGCACGAUGCGAGAACCAUCCGCUACCCUGACCCCUCCAUCAAGGUCAACGACACCGUGAAGAUCGAGCUUGCCACUGGCAAGGUUACCGACUUCAUCAAGUUCGACACUGGCGCCAUUGCUAUGGCUACCGGUGGUCGCAACAUGGGUCGUGUUGGUGUCAUCACUCACCGUGAGCGUCACGAUGGUGGUUUCAACAUCGUCCACAUCAAGGACGCCAUUGACAACACCUUCGCCACCCGCGAGAACAACGUCUUCGUCAUCGGCUCCGAGAAGCCUUGGAUAUCCCUACCCAAGGGCAAGGGUGUCAAGCUGACCAUUGCUGAGGAGCGAGACCGCCGCCGGGCUCACACCCUGGCUGGCCACUAAGCGCCUGAAGGUAAUAGCAACAAAAAACGGGAUCUGGCAAAGGGUUGAUUUUCGUAACGCAUGGGAAACGGAGUCUAUGGCAUAUCCGAAUUGUUCUUACCAAAUGAGUAAGACUGUGGCUUAGGUCGAUGAUGAAUGAGAAUUAAUUGACCCUAAAUUCCGUCCCCGA